AUGUUCGGGAGCCCCGGGUUCUGGGACGAGCGCUACUACGUGAACUGCGAGCCCUUCGAGUGGUACCACGACUACGCGGCGCUCAAGCCGCUGCUGGAGCAGUUCAUGACCAAGGAGAUGCACAUCCUCCUCGUCGGCUGCGGGUCGUCGGAGAUGGCGCGCGACAUGUACGAGGACGGCUACACGUCCCUCUUCAACGUCGACAUCAGCCGCGUCGUCGUCGACGAGAUGGCCAUGCGCUACGACAUGAAGGAGAUCCCGAAGAUGUACUUCGAGGACGACCUCGGCGGCAUCCAGUGGAAGCAGGCCGACGCGACGGACCUGACCGCCAUGUUCAACGACAAGAUCUUCGACGUCGUCGUCGACAAGGCCCUCCUCGACGCGCUCUACUGCUCCGAGGUCCCGGGCAAGCAGACGCACAAGUACCUCCAGGAGAUGGACCGCAUCCUCACGCCCGAGGGCCUCUUCUUCUGCGUCUCCUUCGGCCUCCCCGAGAACCGCCUCGACAAGAUCGAGGACACGGACGAGGAGUCCGACGGGUUCCUCGCCUGGGAGGUCGAGGUCCACGCGAUCCCCAAGCUCAUGCCCAACCAGUACAAGGUCUCCCAGCUCAAGAAGCCCGAGGACGUCUACUACGUCUACACCUGCCGCAAGGAGGAGAAGAUGGACAACGAGAAGAUGCUCAAGAAGAAGGCCGAGAAGGCGCGGGCCGCGGGGAAGAAGAUCCCGACGCGGAACAAGCGGUAA